AUGGUUGUUGGAUAUUUAUACUUACCUAAAGACAAUCCAAACAAGCCUUUAGGUGAAGAUGCACACUUCAUGCAUGAAUUAUACCAAACUAUUGGUGUUGCUUAUGGUGUUGCUGGGUGGGCACUAAAGGGAGUUAACGUUGGAAUAUACACGAGAGAGCUUAUGAAGAACUCAUUUAUCGGUACAUAUGAUGAAGCAAUGAAAGGUCAUGUGAGCCCUAAAAGGGUUCUUGAGGAAGCAUACAAAAACACAAAUUCAAAAGGACAGUCUACAAUUUGUAUUAUAACUCUUAACUCGGUGAAAAGUACUAUGGUUACUGCUAAUGUUGGUGAUAGUGGGCUUUUACUAAUCAGAAAAGGAAAAAUUAUAUACAAGUCGCCAAUACAACAACGAGGAUUUGGAUGUCCGUAUCAAUUGGGAAACUGCAAUGCAAAUAAUCCUAGUGUUGCUCAGGAGAUGGAAUUAAACGUUGAGAAAGAUGUUAUUUUCAUGGUUGGGACGGAUGGGAUGCUUGAUAAUAUAUUUGAAAGUGAGAUAGAGGAAAUUGUUCGAAGGGCGAUCAAUGAGAAGUUGAAGGCAGAGGAGUUGGCUAGUCAAAUUGGGAACAUUGCUUUGUAUAAUUCAUUUGAUAGAUUUGCAGAUACACCAUAUGCUAGAGCAUCUGAGGGAAGACAUAAAGGAGGAAAAAUUGAUGAUAUUACUGUUAUUGUUGCUUAUAUACAAUAA